AUGUGUAAGGAGAAAGCUGGUGAAUGGCGAGUAGCUCUUCAGGUGUUUUGGGAGCUACCAUCGCGCUCGUCGCAGUGCUUUGACAUUCUUAAUCGAGUGCUGGUGGGGGCUGCUCAUUGGCAACUCACACUUCAGCUGAUGAGUCAAAUGCUAGAGCAGCGCCUCAUGCCCAACGGCAUGCAUGUGGCUUCUGCAGCGCAGGCAUUGAAAAUGCCUGGCAUGUCAGCAAGGCUGUUGCAAGAUUCUCUAGGCUUGUGGAAGGCCAACGCCCCAGAAGUGUUCAUUUGGAACUCUAACUUGAAGAUGACACUGGCAGAAGCUGGUUGUCAUCGCGAGGUUUUGGCAUCUCGCCCAGGCAUUUUAGCAAUGUCGAAGCCGCCCAAUAUGACCACAGAGGCCAUUCUGGAAGAGCUGACAGAUCGCGUGAGCAGCCGCGACCCAGAACUUGCAUGCUUCACAUCAGUUUCGAGGUUAGACUUUCCAACCUCUGGGGUUUUGAUUGUAGCUCAUGGUCCACCAGAAUCUCCAGCUGCAAACUGGUUGCAGGCACAGUUUGCCAGCCGCCUUGUCAAGAAGGAAUACCUGUGCCUCGUUGAGGGGAAGAGCCUCGGAGAAGUAGGUUCUCAGGGCGAGAUCGUGCAGCCGCUUCUGACCAUCUCUUCAAACAGAGGAUCAAGAGUGGAAGCAUCCUCGCUAGGGCAAGAAGCCCAAACCAAAUACGAGGUUCUUCAACGAUUUCCUUUGAAUGGCACAUCAAUGGAGCUGAUCUUCUUGCGCGUGGCCCCUUUGACUGGACGGAUGCAUCAAAUCCGGGUCCAUUUCUCCAGCAUCGGCCGACCGCUGGUGGGUGACUUGACCUACAAUCAAUUUUCACAAGCAAAUUUAAGCCCUCGGCUGUUCUUGCACUGCCACCAAAUGGAGCUGCAAGAUCUUGAAUUGAAGCCUUUUGCUGUAAAGCAAUCACUCCCAGGAGAUCUUCAAAUGGUACUUGAUAAUUUGCAUAAAAAAUAG